AUGAAGUCCCAUUUUAUAAGCAUGAUCAUGACUUCUUUUCUUCUUGCAUUCAUGCUCGUUUUGCACGAAUCGCACGCAACAAGGCCGAUGAUCGCGAAAAAACGAACGAUCGAGAAUUCGAGCGUAAAAGAGAAACUUUCGUACGAAAAAGACGCAUUGAACGCUCGGGAAAUGCCACCGACCGAAGCAAAAACCACAGGAAAAUCAAGAAUAUUGUCAUCAUCAUCUAAGCAAUCUCUCGAGAAUUUGCGCGUAAAAGAGAAGAAUCCACACAAGAACGUAGAAUCGAGUAUGAGAACUGUACCUCCAAGCAGAUCAAACCCGACUCAGAACAAGUAA